AUGUCGGCGCAAAACCAGCAGAAUUCACCCGAAUAUCCACAUUUUGCUCUGAUCUACAUUGACCGUCAGGGUAAUCUUCGUCAUGAGUCGUCUCUAUCCGUCGCCAACAGCCGCGAAACUAUUCUAUCUCCGCUGGUGACAGAUGAGUUUCUGCGAGCCGUACAGCGCUCGAGCGGCGCUACUCCAUCACAUUCCCAGUGUAAGUGUCACAUACCGCCGCUGAGAUUACUCAAAAUCGAGUUGGGUGAGCCUCCCACAUAUCACCGAGUCACUAGUGGACAGACCCCUGUUUCGACCCAGAUUGGCAAUAUUCGCCCCGGCCCGGAGAGAAGACCACCCGACAGUCAGUCUCGAGGCCUUCUGGUUGCAAGAACACCCACCCAACCCCCGGUAUGGUCAGCUCCCCAAGGGCCAGGCGACUGGUCUCGCUGGUCGGGGCAGCACCCGAUCCCACAACCACAACAGAGGCCCUGGGGCAUGGAACCAAACAUGAGGGGCAGCCAGAAAGCUUUUAUAUCUAUUAGGGAUAAAGAUUUCCUACGGAGAUACUACGAAAAAAUCUUCCAAAAUCUACAGCAGACCAAUUGUCGUGUUCUGGCCAAGGCCUACGUCAAACUGGUUGAGCCGCGCAAGCAAGUGAACUUUCCAUACAAUGGGCGAAAGAUCGUGGCCGGGCAGACGCAACAGCUGGAUCCCGAUGAUACUAAGCCUCCUUGGUGGCCGACUGGAGUCAGUCAUCGAGAGCCAGACCAUCUUCCCAAAGCCGAACGUAUUAGGCUCCUAGUCCACAUUCUCUGCGAACUGCGCACCAGUUACGGUAUCACCGCACGGAAGUUAAAAGCCUCAGACCAGCCAAUCCGUCGACAAAUUCUACCAGUCGAGCGUUUAGAGAUAUUAGACGAGGUCUAUCAAGUCAGAGAAGAGGAAGAAAAGCUUUUGGAUCAAGUGACUGAUGGAAAAGCCAUGGUGUCAAUCUCACGCUCAAAUCUCCCCGAUGCAGCAGAAGCUCUCGUCAACCGUGGCGAGCAAAAGCAGAAACCAGCUCCGAUCGAAGAGGAUCCCAGCCCAGAGCCGAAGACAGAAACAAUGCCCGUCAUUGGCGGGCCCUCGAGAGCGAACCCUCCACAACCUAUAUUCGUUGCCGGCGGAGACAUCCCCCCAAACCCUCAACCUUCCGUGACCCCGAGUCCUACUCGUUAUAUACAUCAAGACCUGCCUAUACACCCCAGCUUUAACCAGCCCCCUGCUUCAAAUUCCAUUUCACCGCAAGUGAAGAGGAAACGGCAAGAUUCAGGGCCGGAUGUCGCUACCACUCUUAGCCCAACGACCAUGGGCUACUAUUCCCCAAUAUUCGUAGGCUCACAGCCAUUUAUGACUGAGCCUUAUGCUGGAAUGCAAGGCUUUCAGACCUCAGGUGUUACGUCCCAGGACAUGACAUCUGGACAACCGAUACCAGAACCUUUCAGAGAGCCCAUGGAGAAUUAUGAAUUUCCAUACUACUUUGAAAACUAA